UCUCUCGUAGAAGAACAACAAUAGGUCAAAGGUCAGAAGUUGUGACCCGAAACGUCACGCGCGCCAACCAGAGUGUGAGCCAAGGACUUCCUUGUUUUGUUGUUGUGAAGUUGACGACAUUUUAUCUCCGUUGUUUGUGGGUCUAUAUGUGUCGGGUUCCUCCGAGUUAUUCUAGUCAUCCCAAGUAUCCAUGCCACGACGCCGAAAGACGGGAGCCAGGGGUGGCAGCCCCGAAAAACAGCCGGCGGACGGUGCCAACAAUGUGCCAGAGGGUCGGACUAUGUCGACAUCUUCGGACGAUGGCGCGGGAAACGCCGCGGAACUCAGUCCCAAGGAGCGGGAAAAACUCGUCGAGCAGCUCCAGGAAAUGUUCUCCAAACAGCUGGACCCGGGAGUGGUGUACAUCGUCCUCGCGGAGAGCGAUUUCAAAGUUGAAGAAGCGAUGGAGGACCUCCUCAUGCUGGCAUGUGAAGCCGACAAGAACAGCAAACCCGGAGCAAGCCCGUCCCCCAACGUUUUCUCUCAGAUAGCCACCGAGCUGGUCUCAAAGAAAAAACCCCAUCCCUCAUCACAGCUAACCAAAGAAUCAACGUCCGGCGCUCAAGAUGCAUCCAGUUCUGUCCAAGAUACUUCUGCUGCAAUACAGGGCUCUGCGGAACUGGCUGCACAACAGGCUUCACACGCAGACACACCACCGACCACCAGUGCAAACAGUACGGCAGGGUACUACAGUUUCUACGGGGCUCCACUAGGUUUUCCUACAGAGAGCAGAUUUUCAGACCCAUCAGUGAUAGCAGUCGGAACGAUCGAUUAUCAGGCAUCGAGCAAGCUCGCGCAAGAAGCAUCCGGAAAAUCUCCACCCAGAGAACCGGGCACCUUAUCAUUCAGUCACAGCAAAGACUCCAUAAGUGAUGGAGUUACUGAAAGUGCUUCAAAAGAUGGUUGCCCUACAGAACACCCAUCCCCAAACAGUCGCUCCUUCCCAGUAAGGUUGACUUCUACAUCAUCUGAUGAUGGUGCAAAUCUGCAGACUGAGAAGGAAAAUUUCCAGCGCGCCCAAAACUUGCCCUCUGAAUAUUCCCUCUUUGGUGCUAACUCCCCUCAUGUUGCAAACGGGCAUGCUCACCAUGCAGGAACCUCGCAUACCUCUGGGGGCAUGCUUCGCCAGGAAAGCAAUGUUGCUGCUGACUUUACUUUCCCCACGACCUUGAGAACAGAUGAAGGUCGUGAAGACAAGCUGCUCCAUAGAACUUCUCUUGCCAACAGGAAGUCUGUCGGAGCAGACAGCCCAUCUACAAGGAUGCUGAAGAGCAAAAAGCCCAGAUUAAACCUCAAGAUACCAUUCGGGGACGAGAACACACAUAUUGAGAUUUAUAGUGAGAUUCAGACCCCGCUAUCUCCUGGUGUGUUUGACUUUGACGACGAAAAGCCCUUGGGUAAACCAGAAACCCCCAAAGUCAAAGACCCAAUCUCGAAAGCUGCUAUGGAAGCUUUCCAGUCUUUUGUGGAGACUGAGGUCCCAAACAAUCACAAGGAUAGCUUUGAUAGUGCAGAGGAUAGCGAUGACGAUGCUGCGGACAUCCUCUUCUCCCUCCCUGCUAGCGUUAGAGAACUGUCCCCCUCCCCUGAAACAACAGAAGAUAGCUUGCAGGCAAGCAACAACCCUAAACCUUCAGAACAUAGCCAGCCACUCACAGAGCCUCCCGACAAAACAGGGACAUCACAGGUAACAGAUAAAUGUGCCAAGCCUAAUGAGGAAACAGCGUCCAAUCAUUCCAAAAGCAGCAAUACAGAAAAUUCAUCAGUACCCCAGUCUCCUACUGAGGAAGAUAACAAAGAUCAAUCAGCUGAUAUAGCCAGUAAGUCAUCCAAAUCAUCAUCCUCUUGCUCCUCCCCUGAUAAAUCAGCCUCUGCGGCAUCAAAGUCCCCGAAUCUCCUCUUCAAAAUCCUCCCCAGAGUAAUGAAUUAUCCCUCCGCCGCCUCUUCUCCUGACACAAAUGUCGAGGCCGACAAAGAAGUGGCGGAGAUUAUGGAGAAGGCACAAACUUCGAAGUUAUCUGUUGAUGUCCCUGAGUUUGUUCCCAAACAGGGGAACCUGUUGACACCUGGGGACUUUGUGCCCCCCAUGGUGCCAGCUGGCCACCCUGUUCCCUAUCCCUCUGAGUACGCAAUGCACUUUCCCCACCCAGCAUCCGACCCGUACUGGCACCCUCGGUUUGGGAUGCCGGUUCACCCCCCAUUCUUCCCCCACCCCCCUCGCAUGCAUAUGUACGGCCCCCAUGUUGCCAGGUUCCCUCCCCACAUCCCUAUGUACCCUGCGCGGCCAGUGGUUUCUUCCCCCAUCCACCCAUCAAUGAUGAAGGGUGGAGCCGGCUCCCCUCUUGUUCUACCCGACGGUAAAAGCCCCCAAAUUCCUAACGAAAACCGCCUCUUUGGACCCCCUUUCGUCAUACAGGACACCCCAUUUGUGUUAUCAGAUAGCCCAUUUCCCAACCAAGAGGCAAACAUGUCGUCAAAGUCCAACACGAAGGAAGAGAAAAAGGAGAAAAAGGGAGGGGAGAUAGACAGACGCGUAGGGUCACCGUUGAUUAUGUCGGAUGGAAAGCAACAGGAAAGUGACACGGCGUCAGAAGCAUCGACAGACGACGGGAAAAAGGUUUCCACUUCAGUCGGGAAGAAAGUCAAAACGGCCGGACCCAAAAAGCUGUAUGUGCUGCGUGGAUGUCCGGGCAGUGGAAAAAGCACUCUGGCAAAGAAACUGAAGGGAAACAAGGGCGUGAUCUUGAGUACAGAUGACUUCUUCAUGAAAAAAGACAAGUACGAGUUUGAUCCCAGCCAGCUUGGAGAUGCGCACGCUUGGAACAAGGACAGAGCUGAACUAGCCAUGAAAGUUGGUAUGACUCCAGUCAUCAUCGACAACACCAACACCGAGCGGUGGGAGAUGAAACCCUACGUCGUUCUGGGGGUGAAAUAUGGGUACAUGAUUGAAAUCCGAGAGCCCAACACGCCCUGGAAGUUCAAGGUUGGAGAGCUAUCCAGGAGAAAUAGCCAUGGGGUUUCCAAGGAGACCAUCAGGAAAAUGUUGGAUCGUUACGAGAAGAAUGUCACUGUUGAGAGCAUUAUGAAAGGCAUGGCUGAUCAAAAGAUCGAGCAGCAGCGUGCAGCCAAGGAGGCGGCCAAACAAGCGGCAACCAGCAGUGUGAAGAACAAGGAAGUCGCCCAGUCCAAGCCUAAGCAGGCCUCCACAUCAAAGGGUGGCAAAAGUGUCAUAACCAACAAACCUUCCCAGGAUGCCUCAGGGAACAAGCCGGCAGACAGCGCGUGGCCCUUCCCAGUUGUCCUUAAGGACAACAAAAAGGCAAACACUAAGAAAAACAACAAGACCAAAGCCAAAAAGAAAGAUGCUGAGGAAGAAUGGCUAAAGGUGACUCAUGGUUCCAGACAGAAAUCCCCCUCUCCUCUCACAACGAGAGACAGAAGUGAAGAAAAGAAGCAGUCUGCAAGCAAGAAGUCAGACACUGUCUGUGGUAAAGAAACGUCCAAGGUGGACAACAAAGCUGCGGGCAAAAACAAUCCGUCAAGUUCCUCGUCAGAUGUUGCCAAGGAGAGUAAGAAAGAUAUGGUGAACAAAGCAGCACAAGAAGCAGCCAGUUUGUUAGGUCUGCUUCCAGACAAGUCAGACCCAGUAGAAGCAGUCAACACUGUAGCCUCAGAUUGGGAUGUUGGGUCUUCCCCUAAACCACAGAGAGACACGCAAAGCAAGAAAGCUGAUGUUGAUUCCAGUUCACAAAGACAAAUCGAGCAGAAAACGUCCGAGUCCCCGAGAACGUUAGAUUCUGUGAAUGUUCCCGCUACAUGCGACUCCAAUGAUGUACUUUCAGAUCCAGCUUUACAUGACAGCUCAGAUGACUGGGGAGACGGUAGAUCAGCCAAGCCCAAACGUCAGACCAGGAAAAAUAGGCUGGCUGCAGUGUUCAACAAGACGACAGUCAGCACAGAUGUGAAGGACAAGGCCCUAAAGGAAAACUGGAGCUUCCCAAGUCAUCCUGACACCAAGGACGGCAGCAGUACGGACAUGAAUACAGCAACCUGCUCUGCAGUUCAACAGCCAGAUGAGGAGGACCUUGUGGAGGAGGUGAGCACAACGGAGGCAGCCACCAACACCAAUCCUCUGUACUUCUCCAUUGUCCAAAGGGUGCAGUCUGGGACUCCAGUUGGGGUGGAUGACAACAUCAGGAUCCUCACUGGAAAGGCGAACACCUCUGAUGUACAAGCCUUGCCUGGUGAGGAACCUGACCCUCAGGAGGAGACAAAAACAUCCGCGCCCUCCAGUCCCAAACGACAGAAGCUGAGGCUAGAGAAAGGCUGCUCCACUGACGACAUUCCAUCGGAGAGAACGCACACGGGUGACCUUGGCUUCUUGCAGAACUGUUUUCCCUCCGUGUCUGUGGAAGACCUGAGAGACUUCUACGAGAAGUGCAACCAUGAACUGGAGUGGACUAUCAACAUCCUGCUGGAUUCUGGGAUUGAAUACAUUGAGCCUACAAAGUCUGAACAUUCCACAGAAGAUAAUGGUCCCUCCAUGUCUCAGGCAGAAGAAGGGAAAACAGUAGCAACAACAGAAGCUGCUUCUAAUGUAGAUGAAUCACAGAAAUCUGAGACAAGUCUUGAUCCUCUAGAAGAGCAAACUCCAGCCCAAGAGCCAACAGUAGCCACUUCCACACCAGAUGUAGAUGCCAUACAAAUCCCUCCAUCAAUCAAUAUCUUUACUGGAUUGUUGACAGCUGAUGUGAAUGAAGAUGACAUGUACUCGUCCAAUCCUGGCACUGCAGUAUCAACCAAUGAGGAGUCAGAAAACUCCUCUAGUACCCCAGUUCAGGAAAAUGGCUUAGACAUCAAUGCUGCAGAGUCAAAAGCAGAAACCCAAAGUAGUAGCUCAGAUAUGGACCACUGUGAUUCUAGUGAGAACGUUGUCAGUUCCAAACAACCUAAGUGCCAGAUACAUAUACCAGUGCCUUCCACGUUUGAGAGCGAUGAAGAGUAUGAGUCUGCAGAUGAGGAGGUGGCAGCAGACCUGGAUGGUGCCUUGUUGGAAGCAGUGAAGGGAGGGCUGAUGCCGGGUAGUUUGGUCGCCCACCACAGCAGACAGAGCAGCCUCAGCAGCCUCACUAGUUCUGUACUCAGCUCCACCGACCAGGAGCAUCUCAGCUCAAUGGAGACCGAUCAUCAAGUGCCUGUGAAUAAAAUAGUUUCCUCUGAAAGCAGUCCGCAUAGUAGUAGUCAAAACGAACUGAGUCCUGGAAAACAGACUCAGGAAAAAAACACUGAAAAGAAAGCAGAAGUUUGUGUAGAGUCUGCAGACCCUUGUAGCACUGGACUAGGACUGAUACAGCAAAUUACUGAAGAGAGUGUUGAAACUUGUCCUGAGGUCUCAGAGGAAAUAUUAUCUAAAUUUAAAGAGACCAACAGACCAUCAGAGGGGAAGGCAGUGGGCCCUACCAUGUCAGAACUGGCCCUGAGGAUGGACCCACAGUUUGCCAAGCAGCUGUUGGAAAUCUUUGGACCGGUUGGCUUCCACAUUUCCCCUGGAUCAUUGUCGGAAGAAGAUCUGUAUGUUCAAGUUGACUACAAAACAGCCAGGAGAAUACACUACAAGUGGACGCAGACUCAGAAGGCCAAGUUCGAUGAGCAAGAAGAAGCUGUAGAAGCCAUGGAAGCAAUGAUCAAAGAAGACGAGGCCUUAGCGAGAAAGCUCCAGGAAGAAGAAGACUUUGCAGUGGCGCUCCAGAUGAAGGAGAAAGAGGAAUCGUCAGCACGACAGUCCAGGUCAGCACAGCGCAGGAGUCCUGUCCGAUCCCUGGCCGCGCUGUCCGCAGAGGCAGGCCGGAGGACCGCGCUGUCCCCUCCAGCACUAGCCGACAUCAUGGACGAACAACUGGCACUGGAAGUCAGCAAACAGGAACAGGCCCAGAGUGCAGGACCUCGGCAGGAUGAGACUCUGGCCACCAAGCUGAAGAGGGAGAAACUGUUCAGCAUGUUCCCUCGCAUGGACAAGGGUGUGCUGGAGGAGAUCUUCUCUGCUAAUGGGUACAAGCUGGACCCCACGGUCAAUGCUGUUGUCGUGUCGGAACACAUGACAGCAGAGGCCCCCCGUAAUGUGAUGACGGACGCGGCACUGAAGCUGUACGAAGACCAGCUGAUGGAGCAGGCCAGGAUACAGAGUCAGCAGGAGGCAGCUGCACAGGCCCAGGCUAGCUCCCGUCCUGCUGUAGUUGUGGUUGACCGGAAUACAGAGGCCUUCCAGGAGACUGAGGAGCCAGACUAUGAAGACUUCAGGACGGAGGCUACCAUACAUUACAAACAGCGGCAGGAGUGCUUCCAGAAGGCUGCAACAGCCUAUCAGAAGGGGCAAAAGGAACUGGCUUUCUACUAUGCUCAGCAGGGACAUUUGCACACAGACAAACUGAGGGAAGCAAACAGGAGAGCAUCAGAGAAAAUUCUGGAGCUCAAGAAUGCUGGGUUGGACCAGCUGAACUGUCUGGACCUACACGGACUGCACGUCAAUGAGGCCAUCGAUGCUCUAAAAAGUGUCUUGAAAGAAAAAGAGAGAGAGCUUCACCAUGCCAGCACCAGUCGACACCCUGUGGCCAACUACAUCUGUGUCAUCACCGGGCGGGGCAAUAACAGCCGUGGAGGGGUUGCUAGGCUCAAACCUGCUGUGCUGAACUAUCUCCACACCAAUGACUACAGGUUCACUGAACCACAGGUGGGACUGGUGAAGAUCACCCUGAAAUAAAGAGCAACUUUCAAGCUUUGUUGACACUGUUGUUUCCAGAUGUUUUGCCAUGAUCUUAAAUUUCAUUGUCAGCCAUAUCUUGCACAUGUUUUCCUGAUGAUUUUAAUGCCAUGUGAUUACUGUAGAAUUGAUUAUUUAGAUGGAAAUGGGACCAGGUUUAAGUGGUUGGAACAUUAUAAUGUUAUCUCAUGAAGUAGGGAAGGGGAAAGUGGGGCGACUGGAAAUUUGAUCAUUUCUGGUAGGAACGGGCUAGUAGAAAGAUAUUCUUUGGGGUAUAUGGAAUGUUUAUAUGAAUUAAUCGUACAGGCAAUAUUGUUAUGUCAACAUAAUUAUCAACUUAUGUACAAGUAUAUUCACUAUGAUAUAUUGAAAUUUUUUGAGUCAUAAUGGUAAUGAACUAUUUUGGAAGUCAUAUUGUGUGAUGUUGGACAAGGCAAUUUUAACCUUGUACCUACAAUGGACUCAUCCAUGUAUUUACAGCUGUUUUAGUUACAGUAGAGUUUGAUUGGGUAGGAGAAGGGUUAAACAGAAUAGGGUGGAGGGUUAUUUUGUAUGGAUGUGUCUUUAACACAGACAAGCCAUCACAGAGCACAGGUCUUGUGCGAUGUUUGCCUGACAUGGAUGUUUUAACAAGCCCACCUGCACCUAAGCUUGCCACAGUGUGAUGGACAUUUUUUUUGUAUCGUAGAAGGAAGUGUCAAAACUUGUAGUACAGGUUUUGGGCAUGUUUGUAUAUCUUGGGACAUUUAUAUAUUUUGGGACAAUCUUGUUAAUGUUGUGCAGUGGAGGACAAUAAUGAUUAAACUUUUAAUGUUUCAUUACUAUUGUGGGAUUACAAGAAGGCCAUGAGCGUUAGAUAACUUGUUUAACAGACCCACAUACUUCCAUUUGUUGCGAAAUGCUGAAAAAUUUCACGUUGACAUAUUUUCUCCUGUGCUUAUGAAGUGGUCUGUUUAUCAAGUUAUUUAGUUGCCAUGGCCAAAAUUGAUUUAUGUCUUUAUUAUGUCAAGGUGCAAUACUGUGGGUGUUGGGUUUUGCAUUGUGUUGUUUAUGUAUUUUUUAGAAAAAAAUGGUAAAUGAAUUGUGUGGUAUCAUUUUGCGAAUCAAUUGAUGAAUUGUGUGUUUAUUAUUUUGCAAAUUAAUUGUUAUUGUAUAAUUGUUAUUUACAUAUCAAGGUAAAGGCUCAAAGGGUGGAAGGGAAGGAAUGAACCAUGAAGGGUUGGUGGGGGUGGCAGACUAUUUUUUUCUUUUUCCAUUAUGAUGUGAAAAUUUAUUGGUAAUCUGCAAUGUUGAAAUGCUUUCCUUGCUCUACGUAUUAUUUCUUUUUCAAUAUUAUGUACAAAAGGAUUUUUCGACUACAACGUCAAAAAGGUGAUGUUAUAAUUUCAUCUCACCCCCAAUUCUCCAUGGUCCAUUCCACAGCAAUAAUCUAUAUCUGAAUUCCUGAAAAGCAUAGACGAAAGAUGUUGAAGGAAUUUGCAUGUAUUUAUGUACACAGAAAUGAUAUAUAAGAAUGGAAUUUUAUCAUGCACAACAAGUGCUUCUUAUGGUCUGAAUGUUAUGCAUGGGUUCAGGUGCUUGUUGAGUUUUAUGUGUUGUUCAGAGCUUGUCCACCUUGCAGUUUGCAUAGAAAAAUCAGCACCAGGAUGAGGUUGGCUAGAAAUCUGUUAGACAUUUGUCAAAUUAAGAUCGUGAAGUUCCAGGUAACUUCUGAGGGGUUCUUCUCUGAUUUCACAAUUGAGACUAUUUGUCUUCAGGAUUGUGACUUUAUCAACAGAUGGUGAUGGGAACAGUUGAGUAAUCGCAGUUUCAGCCAUGACUGCAGUACCAAUUGGCUCUGCUAGGGGGAGGUAGUGUUAGGUUGGACUGGACCUCAAACAAUAUGAUAUUAAAAAAAA